UAUUAAAUAUUUUUGUGGAACUUUGUAUUUUGGAAGACCACUGACGAGUGUUAAAAAAAUUUUCUCAUUUACUUUUUGCAUUCGUAAUAAGAUUUCUUUCUAAAUAAAUGUUAACAAAGAAUAGAAGCAAAUUAUUUUAGCAAGCGUUUUAAGAACAAUUAAAAGAAAUAAUAGUUAAAUAACUUAGUUAUGUUUUUAAACAAAUCAUAACAAUGAUCAAAGCUUCGUGUCUUAGCUCUAACAGACCCUUAUCGGGGCAGUUGUAUAAAUACACCAAUGUUGUGAAGGGUUGGCAACAAAGAUGGUUUGCUGUGGAUCCAGAAACUGGAAUUCUUACGUAUUAUUUGUUUGAUGGUCCAGGUGAUACAGUACAGCCAGGGCAACCAGCUAGAGGAGAGGCACAUUUAGCUGGGGCUGUGAUUUGUCCAAGUGAUGAAGACUCAAAAACCUUUACCAUAAACUGUGCUUCAGGAGACAUGCUAAAACUAAGGGCAACAGAUGCAAGGGCUCGACAAGAAUGGGUUAAUGGUUUGAGAGCAAUUGCAGAAGUACAUACAAAGGCAAUGGGAGCUAAUCCACCAUUGCAGCCAAGAGAGCAACUAGCUGUUCAUGAUGCUAUGGCUUCAGCUAGGCAGCAGCUUCAGACUACUGAGCUUAGUGAUGCCGCAUUAGCCAGAUGCAUAGAAUCAUCAGAUUCACCCUUUACACACACUGAUCCAGACUUAUUACUGCUGAAGGCAACUUCUGCUGCGAGUAUGCAGUGCCUACUACAAUGUUUAGGUAUAUUAAUGCGCCAACAGCAAUAUGCCACUGCUACUAUUAAGAAUUCUAACAAUGAUUCUCACUGAAAUAGUGUUGUUAUAAAAGUUUUAUUAGUAUAUUAAUUAAGUCUUGUUAUGAACUCGGUUUCCAAAAUCAACUUUUAAAAGGGUUUCUUCUAGUGGAAUAAAAUUGUAAGGAAUAUCUAGUCUAAUUAUUGGAAAUCAAUUAAUUUAUAAAUCUGUAUUUUAUUAUUAAUAUAAAAGUGCAUAAUAAAAUUAGCGCAAUUCAGAGUAUGACGUCAUCAAACUGAUUUGUAGCCGCAAAUAGAUGUAGCUACAGUGUUUUCAAUUCAUACUAAAUGUAAUUAAAUUUCUAUUACUUC